UUUGUGUGAUUUGUGAUGUUUUGUCGUUUUAAAUAGAAUUUGGCGCGUUGGUGAUCUGCUGUUGAUGACGUCAUCUCUAGCGCGCGCGUGCUCGGUCAGCGUCGAGUGUCCUGAGGCGAGAAAUUCAUGUCCAUUGAAGCUCCUGAACAACAAUCACACAGUCAGUGAUUUCAACAAUUAAUACUGGAAUAUUCACAUCAACCUGCAAGUGAAGACUAGCAUCAAAGCAUCAUAAAGAACUGAAAUCUACAAAGACUGAGUUUACUAAAGAGAAAAGAGAACAUGAGAGCUCUAGAACCCUGCAGAAUGAAACACACUGAAGAUACUGAAGAACAAACAGGAGUUACUAAAAUUGAACCGAUUUUAGAGUUGACUGGAGAACAUGAGGAGAUUGAUGAACUGAGUGAAGUUGAGGAGCUAAAUCAUGUCAAAACUGGAGAAAAACCUCAGAGUUCCUCUCAGGAGGUUUUAAAGAAAAUAAGUGCUGUGAAAUCUUUCACCUGCACUCUCUGUGGAAAGAGUUACGCAUACAAAAAUAGUCUUAAUGUUCACAUGAGAGUACAUACCGGAGAGAAACGGUACAAGUGUUCACAUUGCGACAGGGGAUUCAACUGGUCAGGACACCUGAAAGCACAUGAGAGGAUUCACACUGGGGAAAAACCUUACAAAUGUUCAAUCUGCGACAAAAGAUUUGGUCGGUCGGGAAUCCUGAAGGCACAUGAGAGGACUCACACAGGAGAGAAACCGCACACAUGUGAUCAGUGUGGGAAGUGUUUUGCGCAAAAAGGACACCUCGCGGCACAUAUGAAAGUUCAUACGGGAGAGAAACCGUAUACUUGUGAUCAAUGUGGGAAAAGAUUUGCACACCUACCACACUUUAAGAUACAUAUGAACAUCCACACUAGAGAGAACAUGUGCAUGUGUGAUCAAUGCGGCAAAAUGUGUUUGCGAACUUCAGACCUGAAGAUGCACCAGAAAGUUCAUACAAAGGAGAAGCCACAUCCAUGUUAUUUAUGUGGGAAAAGUUUUUCAUGUCUACAAAAUUUAAAACUACAUCAGAAAUCACAUUUUGGUGUGAGAGAGUACAUGUGCUUUGAGUGUGAAAAGACUUUUAUUUCAGCGAACAGUUUAAAACUGCAUCAGAGGAUCCACACUGGAGAGAAACCUUACAAGUGUUCACAAUGUGACAAGAGAUUCAGUUGCUCGGGAAUCCUAAAAAGACAUGAGAGGAUUCACACUGGAGAGAAACCUUACAAGUGUUCACAAUGUGACAAGAGAUUCAGUUGCUCGGGAAUCUUAAAAAGACAUGAGAGGAGCCACAGUGGAGAGAAACCUUACAAGUGUUCACACUGUGACAAGAGAUUCAAUGUUUCAGAAAACCUAAAAAGACACGAGAUGAUCCACACUGGAGAGAAACCUUAUAAGUGUUCAUACUGUGACAAGAGAUUCAGUCAGUCAGCAAAUCGGAUUAUACACGAGAGGAUUCACACUGGAGAGAAACCUUUCAAGUGUUCACACUGUGACAAAAGAUUCAGUGAUUCAAGAGACCUAAAAAGACAUGAGCGGAUCCACACUGGAGAGAAACCGUAUGAAUGCACUGUAUGUGGGAAGUUUUUCAAACAAUCAUAUGCUUUGCGCAUUCAUACAAAAAACGUUCACUGUAAGUAGAUCAUCUUCAGAUCAGGACUUUCAGGUCUGAUGCGGCGUCCUCAACAAAUACACAAUAAUGCAUCAAGCAAUAAAAUGCCAUCUGGAUAAAUCUGUGCUAACCAGUCAUUACAAGUGACAUGGCAAAGAAACAUUAUCUAAACGUUUAACAGGGAUUAAAGUUAGACAUCAUCUUUAAAACCAGCAGUUUCAACUGAGAUUCAGAUAAACUCACAGAUUCAGAUGGAGUUUCCCCACAAAGAACAAUGUCAGAAAGUGUUUCUCUUGUGUAUCAUUUUGCUUUA